AUGCAUUUCCUCCGUUUCGUCAGCGUGAUCGCCGCUGCAUCAACAGCCUCCGCUGCCCUGACCUGGUCACUCGACAAAGCCUCCAAUCCCUCUUCCGAUGAAACAGAAGCCUACGGUCUGAUCGAGGCCGCCAUGGAAGCCGCAGUGGCCCGACACUCUCGCCUCGGCGACGCCAGCAAAGAUAUUCACGUCUCUUACGCGCCCGGUGUUCCGACCGCGGAGGCCAACUACGACGGCACGCUUCGAUUCGGUUCGGACCGCGCCUACAUGAACGAGCGGACGGCUCUGCAUGAAAUCUCGCACACCCUUGGUGUGGGCCAGACGGAAGCCUUCGAUACGCUUUGCGCGGAUAAUAACUGGCCGACGGCGACGCCUUUGCUGCAGUCGUGGGAUGGCGACGAUGCGAAAAUCAGCUGCGGUGGGAGUCACUUCUGGCCGUAUGGCUUGAACUAUGAUAAUGAAUGGAGCGAUGAGAAUGGCGAUCGUCAUGUGCAGAUUGUCAAUGCCAUGCUUGCGGAUGGUAUGUAA